UCGACGCACUCGGUCCCCGUCGCCUGCAGAGAGCCGGGAGAGCGCGCCAGGGCGGUAGAGAGCCGGGGAGAGAGCCCUGGAGAGAGUGUGCCUGCCGAGGAGGAGGGGGCCAUCAGUACUGCCAGUACUGUAACCUCAGCGUUGGGAUCAGACAUAGCAACUGUGGCCCUCUGACUGGCGCACUAAUCCACGUGUCCAGUAGCGCCGCCGACAAUUUGAGCGCAGGAGUCGCAUGGGCAUCGUGAUGACGCGUCCCCCCAUCGUGCUCGCCCUCAAGUCGGAAGCGACCGCACGGGGGCGACCAUGAGCGACUCCCCGUUGCCUCUCGAGGGGGGUCCCGCCGCCUCGCCGAGCCCCCCGCGCUCCCCACGUAGCCCCAGCGGUGGCGCGUCCCCCCUCUCGGGGGGUUCCGCCGCUUCCUCCUCCUUCUACCGCGCGCGCUUCGAGGAGCUCUGCAGCGCCUUCGCUGCGGCGGCGGAGGCGACGGCGGGAGCAGCAGCAGCAGCAGGAGGAGCAGCAGCAGGAGGAGGAGCAGCAGGAGGAGCAGCAGCAGCAGGAGGAGGAGGAGAGCGCAGCGGGCCGACUCCGCGACUCUCCGCGGAGCGCGCGGUAUCUUCCUGCUCAUCCUCCCCGGGCCCCCUACGUCUCUCCGCCGACACCGCCGCUUCGGGGUCCGGCUUGUGGCCGCCGUCGGGUCGCGGCAGGCGGUUGCGAGACGCACGCAGCAGCAGCAGCACCGCAGCCACCGCCACCAUCACCACGAAGUCCUUACACCGGGAGCGCGCCGGCACCAGCGCCUCGUCCUCCUGCUCCGUGGUGAGCAUCAGCUACGUGGAGAGGAGCCGCGCCGUCGUCACCCCUCUCGGAGGGCCUAGGAGCUCGGCCGUCUCCUCCCCGGACUCCGCCGCAGUUUCCGUCGUCUCCCUGGGGUCGCCCCCUCCCCCUGCGAGUCCCGAGGGACGCGGGGGGCCGUGGGGGGUCCGCGGGGAGGAGCGCCUCGCCUCCUUCACGGCGCGAGUCUCGCGCCUGCCCCGGCCCGCGUCGCUGCGCGCGGGGAGCGGAGCGGAGCAGGAGGAGGGGGAGGAGCGCGCGACCCGGGGGGGGGUCAGGCGACCUGACAGCGGCGCCCUGGGCAGCAGCCCGGCACGGUCCGACUCGGCCACGCAGACGGAGCGAUUCUCGCCGCCGCCGCCGCCGCACUCCGAUCCGUCUCCCCGCGCGUCGCGACUCGCCCAGGCCAGACACGACUUCUUCUUCGGCAGCUCCCAGCCGGAGACGCACGCCUCUCCUCCGGGUCGUCAUGGUGACGUUGCCAUGGCGACAGCGCGGGUGAUGGACGGAGGAGGAGCCAGAGCCAACCGCAGCAACAACAACCGCAACAGCGGCGGUAGCAGCAGCAGCGGCGGCAGCGGCAGCAGCAGUGACGACGACGACGAUGGUGGAAACCACAGAGCCCUGGCAGCAGCGGCAGGAUCCAGAAUCCCCAGCAACGGAGUCGGGAACCCGGCGAGGAACCCGGACAAAAUAAAACCGAGCAAAACUUUCCCUGCCGCCACCGCCGCCAGCGGGGGCCAGAGGAAGGCGCGGAGUGAGGUGACGAGGGCGCGGAUGGGGCGGAGCGGCGGUGACGACGAGGAUGAAGAUGACGACGAUGAUGAUGAUGAUUCGUUCGUGGAGCAAGCACUCUUUAACGGCGGAGGACCGGGGCUGCCGCCGCGCGGCGAGGCCGCUCGCCCUACGGCGGCGGCGGCGGCGUUCACUGCCGCCGCGUCCCCGGGCCGCGCAAGCCUCGCCUCGCUGCAGGACGCCUUCAGCCGCGACUUCGAGGAGAUCGUGGAGGCGCAGCGGCACCGCGCCGCCUCGUGCCUCAGCCUCAGCUCCCUCGACAGCUUCGCGUCGCCGCCAUCCACGCGCCGCGCCGCGGCCUUCCCCCGCGCGGGUCCCGCGGGCGCCGCGGCUUGGGCGGCCCCCGUGCCGCCGGCUACGAGCGGCCACGGCUCGCGGGCGGGGGCCUCGGCGGCGGCGGCGGGGAGCGGCGAUGGCGGGGCGGCCGCGUGUAACGGGGCGUACGGCGACGGAGGAGCGGAGGGGGCGUCCCGAGGAGUGGCCAAGCGCGGGGCCGGGAGCACGCCCUGCAGUCCUGGCAAGCUGCGCGACCUCCACGCGAUUCUGGAGCGGGUCGAGGGAGGCGAAGGCGCGGCCGAGCUGGAGGCCCCGGGGGUGCUGGCGAACGGCGCCGGGGGGGGCGAGGGGGGGGGCACCGGGGGCCUGGGGGGCCCCGAGGGCUCGCGCGGGUCGCCCACCCAGGCCGCACGGCGCCUCGCAGCCAAACUCUUCCACCUGGAAGGAGUGCGGCGCUCCGACGUCGCCAAACACCUGGGCAAGAACAACGAGUCGUCUCGUCUCGUGGCCGAGGAGUAUUUGCGGUUCUUUGACUUCACGGGACUCACUCUGGACCAAGCGCUGAGGCGCUUCCUCAAGGCGUUCGCGCUGAUGGGGGAGACGCAGGAGAGGGAGCGCAUCCUGGCGCAUUUCUCCCGGCGCUACCACGCGUGCCACCCAACCACGGUGCCAUCCGAGGACGGUGUGCACACGCUCACGUGUGCCCUCAUGCUGCUCAACACGGACCUGCACGGACGAAAUAUCGGGAAACGUAUGACCUGCCAAGAGUUCAUCGGGAACCUGGAGGGACUGGACAGCGGGCAGGAUUUUCCCCGGGACCUACUCAAGGCACUGUACAACUCCAUCAAGAACGAGAAGCUUGAAUGGGCCAUUGACGAUGAGGAGCUGCGCCGUUCGCUCUCGGAGUUGGUGGAGGAUCACGGGGAUCGCCCCGGGGGUGGCCGGGACGGCUCGGGGGGCCGUCUGGGAGUGGGGGGCUCCGGCGGGAGCCGCCCGACGCCCGGCCGCCUGAGCAGCAGCGGCAGCAACCCCUUCCUGGACUUGGUGCCGGACCCCGGCGCCGCCACGCACAAGCAGGGCCUGCUGGUGCGCAAGACCCACGCCGACAUCGACGGCCGGCGCACUCCCAAAGGUCGUCGCGGCUGGAAGGCAUUCACAGCUGUGCUGCGGGGAAUGGUGCUUUACCUGCACAAGGGGGACAAGGGCCCCGUGGGUCCCCUGACGGACGAGGAGUUGCGCAACGCGGUGAGCAUCCACCACGGCGCCGCCUCCAUGGCGCGCGACUACGGCAAGCGGCCCCACGUGCUGCGCCUCGUCACGGCCGACUGGAGGGUGCUGCUCCUGCAGGCGCCGAGCCACGAGGAGAUGGAGUCGUGGAUUUUCCGGAUCAAUGUGGUAGCUGCGGAGUUCUCUUCGCCUCCGUUCCCGGCGGCCACGGCUUCCACCAAACGCUUCAGCCGCCCUCUCCUGCCGUCCAUGGCCACCAAGCUGCCUCCCGAGGAGCAGAUGCGGUGCCACGCGGACCGGCUGGCGGCGCUCUGCACGGAGCUGGCCCAGCACCAGGAGGCGCGGCCGGAUCGGCGCUCGCGCUCCAAGGAGCAGCACGAGCACCGGCUGCGCGAGACCUACCUGCUGCUCGAGAAGACGCGCUACGAGACGUACCUACGCCUGCUGAGACACAAGAUAGCGGCCGGCACCGACGACCUGGCCGUGGUGGAGGCUGCCCUGGGCAUUGGGCAGGAGAGCGAGCAGGGCGCGGCUCCGGAGCGGAGGGGAGGCUCUCGGCACCGAGCGGAGCAGCCUCAGCAGCGUCACCCGAAGCAGCGGCAGCAGCAGCAGCAUGAGGAGGAAGGGCAAGACCUGGAGGAAGGGCAUGCGCGGGAGCAAGGGAUUGUGCAGGGGCAAGGGGAAGGGCAAGGGGAGGGGCGGGAGUUGUGCCAGAGUCCUGACACCCUGCCCCAGACCUGCUCUGGCCUUUCAGUGAGUGAGCAGCAGCAGCAGCAAGAUUAUCAACAGCAGCAGCAGGGGGAGCAGCAGGGGGGGCAGCAGGAGGAGCAGCAGGGCGAGCAGCAGGGCGAGCAGCUGGGGGAGCAGCAGGGGGAACAGCUGGGGGAACAGCAGGGAGAGACUGCGUCGGGCGCGGCGGGGGGGAAGGGCGCCCCCCGGAAUGUGUCUGAGCGGCGCAGCUACAGACAGGCCAUCAACGGGAAACUGCGGAGGUGAGCGGCCUCGGUGGAGGGGGGGGGAGGAAAGAGGUAGUUCACUCAGAGUCCGUGGAGAGGGGAGAUCAUUGCUUCGCUCUCUCCCCCACCGACCCCUCGCUCACCACAACCGACCCCUCGCUCACCACCGCCCAGCUGUCUCUGUCAGGGUCUUCUCAGCCAUGCGCUGUGUGUGCGAGGCAGUGCUGGGUGUCGUGCCCAGUGAAGAUGGGGCGACGAAAUGGGGGGGGGGGCACACGGGCUAACAAUAAUAAUAAUAAUCCACACCCCAAGUGGGAUGAGAAGAGGAUUACGCCAAAGCGAAAUCGAGCGGGCAGAGAGCACGGGGAGUCGCCACUCGACGUCAGCACGCGGCUCCAUGCGGGAGCCCUCCAGAGGCAGCAGCAGCUAGCGGUGGUUCUAGGACUCCACGAGUGGGACUCCGAACCUUGCUGCUGCUGCUGCUGCUGCGGUAUCUUGCAAGAAAGAAGUGUUGGCGAGGAGUGGGCUGGCGUCCAACAGCAGUGUUGGAAAUGACCUCUGGAACUGACACUUGAGUGGCCCCCCAGCUGCUUUCGAAUUUGGGAGGACACGCGGCUUUCGGUGGUCACUGUUGUUGGUAAGGAAAGGGGGGCGGUGAGAACGGAGCCCCCUAGAAUACCCAAAAUAGAAUCUCCACUGAGUGUGCACUUGCGAUAAUGAUGAUGUGUGGUUCGUGGUGAAGUGCGGCAUGGAGUAUAGACCCAGUGGAGCAAGGAGCCUCAGUUUCCAGCACCCAUCCGUGUGAUGGGGAGGGGCGUGCUCCCUUUGCUGCCUGCCGUCGAAUACACGAGCAGUGCAGGCGGACUGAGAAGACUGCAGCUUUAGAUCUGGGGUGGGAAGAGUGGUCUGAUCUCCGCAUUGUUCAGCGAUCCAUUCAUUGUGUUCCUGUGAUAUAGUCCACGUGUUUCAUUGUUGUCUUGUGAUCCACACCGUAUUUUCCACAGAUGCAUUCCGUUUUUGUAAAUGAUCCACUCCGUGUUUACUUCAUGUCCCUUCCUUGAUUUCCGCUUAUCAGCUCCGUAUUUUUUCAGUGAUCCACUUCGUGUUUUCCACUGAUCCACUCCGUAGUUGCACCUCCGAUUAGCGCGGUUGGCUCCGUACGGUGCGAAAGAAGUUCAACAUACGUAGUUUUGAGCGAUCCACUCCGUAUUUUCCUCUGAUCCGCUCCGUGAUUUUUUUACACUGUUCCAUGCCAUGUUUUUUCUAUUUAGCCCCUCCGCGUUUUAAGUGUUCCAUUCAAAUCUCCGCACAGAUUCAAUCCAGAGACGUGCACUGCGAGCCAGCAGACCACGUGUCGUCCUGUCUCUUCCGUCUCGACUGCCAUCUCCUGGCGUCGCGCGGGCAUCGCAGCGCCACGGCGACAGCUGGCAAGCUGCUGGUGGCCACCAGAGCCAAGGCCUCCUCACCAGGCUGCGACUUUGCUUCGCUUCUGAAAUCUGACGAGAUGAGCAUCAUUCAGGGAGAUUCGGUUGCAGCAGGAUGCAUGUCCACAAGACACAGGCGUCUGGCUAACCUGCCACCAGGAGUGUGGUGCUGCUUCUGCUGCUGUGUUGAGAGUGGCGCACAAACAACGACAGGAAACUCAACACAUUCGUCAACACUAUGGAUUAAAAUGACACACCACGCAACGUUUCGGGCAAUGGCCCUUAUUCAUAGCACACGAACAAGAGGCAUUGCCCGAGACGCGUCUGUCCCUGUGCAGGCAGGUUUAUUGAGCAACGUGUUGAGGGUGGUUUAGUUUCACAGGCUGCGUCCCGAGGGGCGUCACGUUGCCUCCUUAUUGGCCAUUCACGUUCGCUUUGUCCUCGUUGUUGAUUUGAAGAGGAAUUCAUUUCUCACGGAAUAUUUUCCAGUGGUCCCGCAAGCUCACAUUCCCCCGGACCCCUCCCCACCCCCACUGCCACCCCCACUUCGUUUCCGGAGUUCAGCCCCGGAGAGCUCCGUCUGAAAUGAAUCCCCUUGGAUGUUGUUCACGUCACCAUUGUGCGCGCUGCGCAGUGAGGCGAGACAGAGCGCGCCGGAGCUCUUCCCCUCCUUUCAUCUGCCCUGGGACUAAUUCCACGUGGCCGAGCGCUCACGUGACUCGCGACUACUGUGACCUUUGAGGGGUCACCGUUAUCUACCCGGUGGAGGAGGAGCAGGGGGGGGGGCAGGGGCUCGUUUCCCCGUUGCACCCCACGGCUCCGUCUUUGUCACCGAGUGCUUCACGGGUCGCUGGUAGACUGGAGGAGCAGGCCACGUGACCAGUAGCCACGCCCAUAGCGAGAUGUGUACUGGAUGUGGUGUGCCGUGCGCGGCUGAAAUUAAACCCUGACUUGGAGCCCGACCCCCUCGCCCAGUGCCAGCAGGGAGAGUCGUGUGCCCCUGUAAUCAGCCCCCCCCCCCCCGUCUCUUGUCACGAACUCUUGUGUCCGGGACGGCAGGGGUCUUCUCCCUGCUCACAAUCGGGGUAGGUGCCUUAGGUUGGCUCUGGGCAUUGGGUGGAUGGAUGAGGGUGGCUGCACGGCCAAUACCAGUGGCGAUUAUCUGAACCGGUCCUGGGCCUCCCCUAGGCCGAUUCAGCCUCAAAUGAGUACCUGGUGCGGUGUGUAAACAGCAGCACUGGGGAGACAAAGUCGGCCGGGCGUGGGGGUGGCCACCCACCGCCUCCUGCGCCGUUCUGGCCUUAAUCGGUGCUCGAGAGUGGCACUUGCACUCAGUCAGUGAAAGGCUAUACUGGGGAUCUUUGUCUUUGGUACAUGAGUGCUGAUGUGAUUGUGUUGUCCACGGCAUGGUUGUGUUUGCUGUGCACCAACCCGAACGGGUGCUGCUCGCUAACAGAACUUUCCCCAACCGUCUAAAAGGCUGAACAGAGAGAUCUAUAUACUACACAGUAUUUGUAGGUACCAACCCGUUGGAUAGUUAAGAUUUGGGUGUUGGGGCUCAAUAUGAAUGGGGUCCAAAUACCACGAGAGUCGGACGGGGGGGGGGGGGUACCAAUGCGUAGCUGAUCUGCCGGCCUUAUAAUCACAGUCGACUCUACAGUAGUUCUCUUUAAAAGAUCGCCAGUUGAUCUUGUGAGUGUGGGGCGUGCGGGGCAUUUGGUCUGGACCCCUGUCACAGCCUCCAUCUCCGUGUAGUAUUUUAGUUUACACGAAACACGCCCUUGCAGGAACGUGACCUCGUAUCUCGUAGCUGCCCCGUCACCAGAGCGCGCUCGCCUCGUCACUGCUGCGAGUUCCAGACUUGGCCAGCGGGGAGCCGCGGGGGGUAGCCCAGCACACGUGGCCAGGUGCGCGCGGGCGCUACGAGAUCAGAGCUGGGAUCGCGUUGCUGCUUCGGGCUUGUGUCUUAUAUUUAAACAACCUCCACCUUUCCUCACAAUCCAUCCACGUUUGUGAGACAAUUAAUUUUCUUCGAUUAUCAUCACAAGUGAUGAUUUUUUUCCUAUAGAUAUUUGUAAGCGAGUGGAUUAAUGUAUCAUUGUAAAUGCUCUACGUGUUCAAACAGUAUAGUUGGUGUAAACAUCGCUGUUCGUGAAGAGAGUGAGAUGAUCAUUAUACUGGAGAGAGCCUAUUGGAGAUCAGAGAGAAUAUUCUAACAUACACAGUACGACAAAGAGACAGGCGACCGGGCGUGAUGCUGGCCAAACACCCCUCGUGUGCCGUGCCGGCCCUUAUACAGUAUGUGCUCGCUCACAGCACUUGCCCCAGCAGCAUGUGUAGGCUAUACGGGGGAUAUUUGUCUUUGAUAUCUAAUACACACACAUGACACACAUAUCAAGAACAAAUAAAGUCCCACACACAUGCCCUUGGUGAAUCAACUGGUGGACGAAGACCUUCCCAUGCCGUGUGGGCGAUGAGGCUUGUUGAUGAGGAUUGUUUGACUACUUCACCAGAACAUGUUGAGAUCUAAACAUUGGUGCGGGCUUGGAGCGCUAACCAGUCACUUAGCCAUGCGGCCACCUCAACACACACACAGACCGAUAGACUCGUUUAGAGACCCAUGAACUUAGAGACACCUAUGACUGACUGCAUAAAAACUAAAAAUAUAUGCCAAUUGUUGCUGUUCAGCAUCGUGAUUACGGGGGUCGCAUUUACGACGUUAUAUAAACCCAAACUUUUAUUCUGUAUGAAUAUUUCCCAAAACUAUAGGUCACCAAACUGUAAUUAUGGGCGCUCGGGAACGCCAGAGGAGACUGGGAUGAGGCAGGGCAAGGGUGGUGAUAUUGGUGGUGGUGGUGGACCGUGAAGGAUCGUGAGAUUAGCAAUGGUCUGGGUUUGUAUUUGGCAGCCGCGUGAACACGUGCGCGCCAGCCAAUUGGAUGUCAACAAUCUUCGACAGGGGACAUUAUCAGCGCCAAGAUUUCCUCUGGCAGACUACUACAGGAAGCUUUUAGAUCGUAGCUACGCGCCUGUAGGCUGUGUUCCCAGUGCUGCCACGCACGAGUUUCAAGCUUCCUUAUUGAUUUCCCCAAAAAAGUUACUUUCAGGCUCGUCGUUUUGGCACUGCAGUGACGUCACCGCGCAAUCGCUCUAAAAAAGUUGGAAUACGUAGGCGCCGUGAGAGCUAUAACGGAGAUCCGUUACUUGCCUUGCCACGUAGCUGCCCCAUAUCCUCCACGUGGCAGAACCGCCGUUGCCACUUGGCGGGCAUCAUCAGUAGUGAUUUGAUGGAACACCUCAUCGUUACCACGUGGCACCAUCGUCGCCACGUACCAGCACCAUCAUCAAUGUCAUGCGGCAACAAGACGUGUCGCAGCUUUUCCCCACGUGGCAGAACGUCUCAGCCACUUUGUACCGUUAUGGUUUCCACGUGGCGGUACCAUCACGACCACGUGGCAGCACCGUCGUUGCCAUGUGGUUUAUCCAUCAGUCAUCAUUGUGGUUUGUGCAGUGUGUAUGUAUAUAUUGUACGUUGGUAUAAGUUAUUUGCGAUUUUGCUUGUGAUUAGAAGUUGUUUUCCCCAGUUAUUUGUAAUUUCAAAUGAGGUUUGUAUUUUGAUGAGAACGGAAACGUAUUUAAAAGUCUAUUUAAAAAAGAAAGACCACACACGCAUACACGCGUAUACUACUGUACAUAAUUUAAAGUGGUUACCACUUGUGUUGUACACUGUGACGUGGAAUGAAGCGAAGCACUUGAAACGCAAGUGAACACUUGUGCACACAUCGCACACUCGAGAGAGAGGGCACUUUGGUGGCAAUGGCACGCACUCGCAUGAAAGAGUUCCACGUCCGUCCACUUCAAAUCAGGGACGGUAACUGACGGUCGUCAAUGCCCCGCGACUCCAGGGUACAUGAACUCAUCACGCGGCACGUGACUUCAUUUCACACGACUCGUGACAUCACCGCAUAUGGCCAGUGGCCAGAUGAGGCAUACCACAGAUACUUAAAGGACCGCAAACGAUAUUUAACCAUCACUGCACAUAUGUGAUGUGCACUAAGCGGGUGGUAGAGGGGAUAAUUUUGGCCUGACAAAACUUUCCUAUUUACCACGCGGUGUCGUCACCUGUUGUCUUUGAAGUCGUGUCGAACACAGUCGAUGCAUACCUCCCCCCAGUGUGAUCACAGUUUCAUAUUGCCUCGUCCGUGUGAAACACAUUUGCGGCCCUUUUAUCUUUCCACUGGUGGAUGAGGCCGCCCCACGCCAUGUGUGUCCUGGAGGGCUGUUUGACCAUACUUCACCACGCUAGUGCAGGUUUGUUUAACUGGGCAAGGCAUAGACUUGGGGACAUAGAAGUACAGAACAACAAUUUAUUUUGCUGCACUGCCUCCUGUACUGUCCACCAUCCAGCCCUGCAUCAAGCUGUUUAUGCAUGCUGAUCACCCACCACAAGCACUAUCCGGGCUAAAACCUGCUUGGCUUCUACACAUAAACGCAGCUCUUGUCGGUUUAACACGUAGGAUGCUUUCGCGACCAAUAUCCAUAAUAGAUGUUUUUUUGGGUUAGAUCGCGUAAAUAUAUAAAUGCGUCGUCAAAACCCGCCACCACCCGAUACAGCCGACUAGUAAGAGUUGUCACGUAAACAGAACGUGCAUCAUGUACGUUGACUCGGUAAUCCUCCGCCCACGUGGCACAAGAGCGCAGCUGCGUGGUCACCACAUCUACGCCCCUAUAUAAGGAACGCAACAGGUGGACUUCUCCACAAAUCUGGCUGUCGCCUGAUGAAGCCAGUUGUACUUACUGGCGAAACGUCGUAUUCAGAUUGUAAAUGUUGUGGCUUGGCUCUCCAACACACAACCGGUGUGCUGUACUAGUGACGAAUUGGCACGUUCUGUUUACGUGACAACCCUUACUAGUUGGCUGUGUCGGGUCGUGGCGGGUUUUAACGACACAUUCAUAUAUUUACGCGAUCUAACCCAAAACAAACUCUAUUAUGCAACUCUUGUAGCUCCACAACAUCUAGGCGGUGUGUCCCAGGCUACUCCACACGACAUUUGCAAAAUUCGUUAUUGAGACGCAAAGAUCGCUUUGAAGGUUUGGCAAAGCGUGCCAUUACAACGACGCAUUGGCAUCACCGUGGCAUAAUUCCCAUGGACUUUAUUAUUCAUUAUACGGCAAUCCAACGUGACAUCAAUAGAGGACUGUAAUGAUUCCCUUGACCGUAACUUUAAAGUAUUUUUUUUAUAAAUACGUUUUUUUUCACAAGAGCCUUGAUAUAUUUGGAAUACCUUAAAAUGAAUAACGAGGGUUUUUGUUAUAACUUCACGUGGGAGAUGAAACCGGAGAACCCAGAAAAAACCUGCCAAGUGGACGAGAGUGGGUUAACACCAUCCUGGAUUCGUCAACCUACUUGCUGUGGUGCCAUCUCCUGUGCACCUCGCAGUUCAGCGUGGGGUUUGGGAGUGUUCACAAGUCUGCAUGAUCCACCGACCCAUGGGGAAUAGUGUCACAGAUCUCUGCGUGAUCCAACGACCCACGGAAGGUGCAGGAGGAUGUCUAAGCUGCUUUAUACCGUUGGAUGUUCGUCGCUGAAGAAACGCGAGUCUCUGGUGGAGAUUUUAAUAAAACAUACACCGUGUAAUUACUAAUUAUUGUUAUGCAUUUACUUAUUGUACGUUCUUUAAUUACUGGCAGCGCAUAGAGUGAAUGAGCCAGAAGAAUAAUUUAAUUGGUACCACCUAAGGAAGCAAAACUUUGGCAACCAACUUCGUAGCCUCAGUUGACUGACAUUCUAUGAAACUAUGAGACUCGGUACUGUUGGUGCAAAGUCGUCGUAUCACUGCUUGAGGCCCCAUGCUGAAGGGGAAAGAGAAGCUGUGGAGAUAGACACGGACGGAGAUGGACACGGACUGAGAUAGACACGGACAGAGACAGGGAGGCAAACGCACACACGGGAGUCUCAAACAACACAGAAGUGUGUAAAGCCACUCAGCCUCUGUGCAUUAACAAAACACGCUAUUAGCAGUUCAAUCUUGACUUAAAGCUUUCGUGACUGCAGGAAUUCAUAUUCUUUGGGUCUUUCGGCAAAGUCACGUAGACAGGUUCAAAGAAAAUAAAAAAUAAUAAUAAAUAAACUACGACGUUUCGACGACUGCUUGUGUUGCGAUCGAAACGUCGUAGUUUUUUGUUAUUUUCUUUGAACCUAUCUACGUGACUUUACCGAAAGACCCAAAGAAUAUGAGCAGUACCUGAAGAACUGCAUUUUAGUCCUCUUGUCUUUGUCCACCAUCACAAUAAAUGUGAGCAACUAACAGGAACUGCUGUUGGUGUUUUGCAUAAUGCAGAGGAUUGUAACACGUUUCUGUGGUGCUGCUGCUGCCGUUGUUGUUGUUUGAAACGUGUGGUUGUCCAGCGAGCACUGUUACCCUCCUAUGUCGGGUGUUCCUGGCCAUUUACACAUUUGAGCACGCACACAGAGGAGAAGCAUACGCGGAAUGAGACAGGCACAAACACAAAGAUCCCCCAUAUAGUCUGAAUAGACUGUUAGGGCAAGUGCUGUUAGCGAGCACCUAUGAAGGCCGGCACGGUACACGAGGGGGUGGGUGGCCAUCACCACGCCCGGCCGCCUUUGUCUCCCUAGUGGCGAUGCUUAGGGGCCGUCCAUAAAUGACGUCACGCGAUUUUGGACGAUUUUUUACCCCCCCCCCCCCCUUUUGUCACACGGCGUCACAAAAAGUCAGACCCCCCUCAAAUAUGACGUCACAAA